AUGUAUACCAUUGCGCCCUCCCCCACCCCCAUCCUCCUAUCAGACCCAGUGACCUCCGCCCCGCCCGACACCUCAGCUCCUUCAAUCCUCCGCUAUAUUAUCGGUUUCCUCCUCAUCGGUAUUGCCUGGGGCUUCACAACCCCCUUUAUCCGAGCCGCCGCACGAACCCAUCAACCACCCUCUCACCCCAUUCUCUCAUCUCCUUCAGUCACGAACUCUUUUCUCAAAUCGAAGCUGUACGGCGCGUUUUUCGGAGUUGUGGAUCUUUUGAGAAAUCCUAGAUAUGCAAUUCCCUUGGUAGUGAAUUUGACGGGAAGUAUUUGGUUUUUUCUGUUGAUUGGUCAAGCUGAACUCUCAUUGACAGUCCCCAUUACAAACUCCCUCGCUUUUCUCUUCACCGUACUAGGAGAAUGGUGGGUAGAAAGAAAAGUGAUCAGUCGGGAUACCUGGAUUGGUAUGAUAUUGUCAUUAUGUGGUAUCGCGCUCUGUGUCCAUAGUAAGACAGGAUGA